AUGCAGCGAGCCACGUUUUGUUAUCCGGACAGCUUUUUCGAGCCCAAAGACUUUGGCGUGUCGGAAAGCAUGCGGCAUUUGAUUGCCAAAGCAGAAGCGGACGAAGUUGAUUUACUCGAUGAUUACAUUGAAGCUCAUAUCCACGGCGUUGUUCGUGUUCAAGACGACGUGGAGUGUGUUGUUUUGGAUCCUUGUUAUCGCGAUACCGAGGUCGAAGAGCAGGCUGCGCAACUGGGCGUCCCCGUGAAAUGGCACGGGGGUUUUCGAUUGACUGUCAAUCGUUUGCGACACUAUCCUGACUAUCGAGGACCGCAAAUCGUAGCCUUGGGUGUGCAAAUUGCUCACAACGGCGUGAUCCAACCAGCUCUUUUGGGCAAAUCCAACCACCAGGGAGGGCAUGAUGCACAGGCAAUCAAGAAAGCCUGGCACUAUUUGGCUCGGUUUGGCUAUUCCUCGCAGGUGAAGUAA